AUGAGACCUGUUCCGGUGUCGCCCACUUCCGCUUCGGCGCCGCCGUGUUCGUCUUCGUCUACCUCUGCCACUGCUGCCGCUACGUUCACCUCCUACCGGACACCGUCGUCGUUGAACCCGGACGGUAAAGUGAAGAAAGUGGCUUUGUCGCGCCGCGAGCGACAGCAGACCAGGGAAACGUUGAACAAACUGAAGGAACUUGUGCCAACGGUGCCGAAGGAUCAGGCUUUGUCAAGCGUCGAGCUGCUGCAGCACGUCAUCGACUACAUAUUCGACCUGCAGACCGAACUGAGGCAACCGGCCGACACCGCCGACGAGCCUUUUUUGUACAACGGCGAGGAGGACCAAAUCGAGCACUCUGAGGACGACACGGUCAACGUCUCCGAACUUCUGCUGCAGUGCAUGCUGAACACCGGAGAUGGCAACAACACGCCUGACCAAUGGAGAUGCAUUACAGAAUUCAACGUUAGCGUCACCGGCAUGAAGCUUGGCAACGACCAUAGUACGGUGUCUCUUUACAUCCACUUCUCCUCGCCAAUUGUGCUGUGGCAUUUCCUGUGCGUGUGUGCCGAAAUGCAGUUGUGUUGGAUGAUGGACAGCAGUAAGGAAGAAACAUCCCCGGCCCAGGCUGCUGCAGCUGCCGCCGCCGCCGCUACAAGUCCCCUUCCCCCAGGCUCGUCGCCCUGUUACGAAUGGGUCAGCAUUCUGGCGAAGCUGCAACAAUUGGUGCCCUCCCUCCGCAAAAUCUACGUGGCCUCCGAGGUGGAAUUCUUGCAGCACGUUAUUGACUACAUCAACGACUUGCAGUCGCAGUUGAAUGAAUCCGAAUGGUCCUCGGACUCGUCGUCAGAUAUCUACGAACCUUGA